CGGCGGGGCGGUGGUGGCGGGGACGCCGCGCCCGCCUCCCGCCGCCGCUCCCCCAGCACCGCCCGGCCAAGUUUAAACACCCCCGGCCGAGCCGUCCGGAGUUGGCGGGAGUUGCGGGGGACAGCGGGAUCAGCUGCAGGGGGACCGCCCCGCCCGGAGCGCGUCCCGCCGCCGCCUAUGCGGGCACCGCGGGGCCGGGCGAGCCAUGGACGGCGGCGGCGGCGGGGCGCCGCCCGCCCUGGAGAAGAACGCGGCGGAGCUGACGGUCAUGGAUGUGUACGACAUCGCCUCGGCCGUGGGGCAGGAGUUUGAGCGGGUGAUCGACCAGCACGGCUGCGAGGCCAUCGCCCGCCUCAUGCCCAAGGUGGUGCGGGUGCUGGAGAUUCUGGAGGUGCUUGUGAGCCGCAACCACAUCAACCCCGAGAUGGAGGAGCUGCGCCUGGAGCUCGACCGCCUGCGCCUGGAGAGGAUGGACCGCAUCGAGAAGGAGCGGAAGCACCAGAAGGAAUUAGAACUGGUGGAGGAUGUCUGGAGAGGGGAAGCACAGGAUCUUCUUACCCAAAUUGCACAGCUGCAGGAGGAGAAUAAACAACUGAUGACAAACUUAUCUCACAAAGACAUUAAUUUCACAGAAGAGGAAUUUCAGAAGCAUGAAGGGAUGUCAGAGAGAGAGCGGCAAGUCAUGAAGAAGCUGAAGGAGGUGGUAGAUAAACAGAGGGAUGAAAUCAGAGCAAAGGACCGGGAACUUGGACUGAAAAAUGAGGAUGUAGAGGCUCUUCAGCAGCAGCAGAACAGGUUAAUGAAAAUCAACCACGACCUGCGGCACCGCAUCACGGUGGUUGAGGCUCAGGGGAAGGCGCUGAUCGAGCAGAAGGUGGAGUUGGAAGCRUAUCUGCAAACCAAGGAGCAGGAGAUGGGCAACCUGAGAGCAGAGCUGGGGAAACUCCGGGAAAAACUGCAGGGUGAGGACAGCCAGGCCAGCCAAAAUGGGGAGGAAGUAAAGGCAGAACCAAACAAUGAUGAUUGUCUCUCUGAGUCAGAAAAGAUGGCAAUGGACUUAAAAGAUCCCAAUCGCCCAAGAUUCACCCUGCAGGAGCUGAGGGAUGUCCUUCACGAGAGGAAUGAACUGAAAUCUAGAGUGUUUUUACUUCAAGAGGAGCUUUUAUAUUACAAAAGUGAGGAAAUGGAAGAGGAAACUAGAUCCCCACAGCCCACACCCAUAAUUCAGCCAAAACCCUCAACUCAGCCUGAAUCUGGAAUCAAACGACUAUUUAGUUUCUUCUCUCGUGAUAAAAAACGUCUGCAGACAUCACAGAAAAAUGUCCACUUCCAGGGAACUUUUGGAGAAUGGUCACAUUCAAACAGAGAUGACUCCUACAUGGAACAAGGACAAGAAGCCCUGCAACACCUGUGACUGAAGCCUCGAGGUGUUUGGUUUACUGCAGUAGAUCUCGACAGUCUCGUAACAAGAAGCUUCUGUAAAGCAUCGYGGCAGCUCGUCACUAUUUCUUGCCUUGCACACCUCGGGGGUUGUUUCAGACUCUCCAAAAGGGAUCCCUCACUGUUCACUUGGUGACUGUUUGCUGCAAACAGGAACCCAAGCUUUGUAGUAACAGCUGCUGACACCCUGGGACAUGGAAGCUUCUAGAUGACUUGUUUUGUGCUGAAUAACAAGUCUGUGAUCUUGUUCAUGCAUUAACUACAGUAACACAAGCUUCUUUAAACCAAAAAAGGACCUGUGCCAUUAUUAGAAGUUUGUUUGCAGUGUAUAUCUAGUACAGGGCAAAGACUUUUACCCUGUUUGUUAACACUAUCGGUUGUUUGCUUUUUAUUUCUGUAAGAAUUUUUUUCAAGAGGGAUACGACAGCUGGACACCCUUGGUGGCAGCCCACAGCUCUGCUCUGUCCUGUCAGUGCUGCUGGCAUCGGCUCUUGCAGAGCCACCCCUUGGAAAUCCACCUGACACGGUGACAAACUGGAGUAGCCUUGAGAGGGACAGUGAGUGUACAUUUCCCUUGUGUUUAUAGUGCCUAAAGCAUGAAGAACCCAUGUAUGAGGUGCGUGUGCCUUGGAUUCUGCAGUAUUAAUGGCAAACMAAUUGCUUACAGGGAGGAAUCUGAACAGUUGAAUUUUUACCAGAGACUUCCCCCCAGCGUAGCAGGCAGCUGCUGUAAAGGGAUUAGAUCAUUCCCACAGACAGGUUUUUAAUUCACACUCCAGUUUCCUGUUUAGGUAAGACUGCCCAACUUCAGAGGGAAACAUGACCUAGACAUGACCCCAACCUUUUCUCUUGACUAACCCACAUGGGCAGAGCAGGUGAAUUCUGUGAGUUGUUGGUAGAUGUCUGGGUAGCCCAUUAUGGGACUUAACUCGCCAGUAACAGCCUGACAACCAACCCACAGGGACUGGGCCUUGAUCUGCUGUGCAGCUGAGCUGGUGAGACCCUGGGUCUGACCAAGGUUGUCCUUCCAACACUAAAACCCCCCCAGAGUCAGUGCUGUGGAYAGCCCAGUGUCAGUGCACUCCCCACCUCUGCUGCAACACUCCACAACACACCUGACAGGUGGGAGAGGGUGAGUGUAUCCACAGCUCCGUGUGAGGAUGGGGCUGAGGUGUCUCUGACCUUGGCCGUGUGCUGGCAAGGUCCUUGCUGGAGCACCACUGCUCGUGAGGAGGAUCUGGUGCCAGCAGGGCCAUGGGCAGCUUCUGCAYGUGCAGCUCAGUGCCAGGGGCUGGGAGUUGCUGUUGGCCUCACCUGUUCUGCAAAGCCUCUUCUCAGGAGUGGCACCAAGGACAGGAAACAGAGCUCAGGCUGGAGUGAAACUCCAACUACUCCAGGUACUGAGUGUAGGAGGAACUCUCAAAGGACUUCAGAGGGCUUAGUGCAGGCCAAUUGUUUUUAUUGCAGAGUGAUCCAAGACUGGAUUUUUCAUGUGUGUGAGCAGCAAAUGAUUCUUAGCCUUAGUAAAACCUUGGCAAGAAACUGCUCCUUGCAGUGAUGGGCUGUGUGCUGCCCUGCUCCUGGCUGUAACUGCUUCAUUCCAACAUGGACCUUUCUGCAUGUUCUAGGUAGGGAAAGUGUUUACUGUGCCCCCCUGGUGUCACUGCAGCUCGGGGCAGGGGGYACAUGUGGCCUUGUAUGAGACACCUGCAUUUGAAACAGUGAGGCAGCAUCUGAUAUGGGUAAUGGGCAGAUGUAAUUUUGUCUGGUUAUAUUUUGGUAACUUCCUUAAAACAGCAGCACACCCCCUUUGUGUGAAAUUCUUAAAUGAGGGAAGUGUCUUAAUGAUAUUUAAAUUGCCAGGAUCUGGCUUCACUUCCAUUUGAGGAAAUAAAAAGUCCAGURCAGUCACAUCAGGCAGUUAAAUGGUGAGUGACCCCGUGGAGUCUCUCCCGAGCGCAGCUGAGUCGUGUGGCGCAUUCAGAAGGGAUGCAGUGAGCAGAAACAAAGCCAGAACUGCACGGCCUGAGUAAGCAGAUCCCUUUGGAAAUCAGCUGAGAGCAGUGAGCUGGGAUAAUGGAAGCACACAGACCGAAGCUAAGCUGGUGCAGCACAAAGGAAGUCUCCAGGYCUGGUGCACACAGAGCCCAUCCAGAGCCCGGGGCACUGCUCUCGGGCUGCUCUGCAGCCAACAUCACACCACUGCAGGGAGCAGGAGCCUUCCCCCACUCAUCCCUGCAGCCCAGUCCCUCCAACCCCUCGGGAGCUCCUCCUGACCUGCUGGCAUUAACCACUGGUUCUCAUGUUCACAAUGCUGCAUUCACACACCCCAAGUGCCGUCGGGAAUGAUGGCRCAGAGGGAAGUGUUUGUUCUUCAGAUCUGUCAUGUAUUGUUUGUCAAUAUUCGAGGAAAAUCUGCUUUUAGAAAAGGGGCCAGGAUGGUGGCAGGUAAGGGGUGUAACAAUCCUGUCUGCCAAGUGCAGGAUCACUGACAUUUUUUGGGUUGUUUUUUUUU